AUGGCAAUCGCAAAUAAGAUGAGGAUUCAUGGAGAGAAGCUGGAGGAUGUCACUAUAGAUGACGGAACGUCACAGAUUUUCUCCAUGGAAAAAUCAACAUGUAAGAAAUGUUACUUGUUGAGUGCAAGGGAACUUUCAAUUACCUGGUCCAGCUAUCUUCUUUACUGGACAUGGAAACCACUUGUUGAAUCAAGGUUAGCCCUCUCAAUCAACGGAUUUGCUGAAGUUGCUGAACUCAGAACCAUUUGCUGGCUAGAGAUUAGUAGCACUGUGAACACGCAGAUGCUAUCCCCCAAAACAUUUUAUGGGGCUUAUCUCAUAGUCAAGUUUGCGUACCGUGCAUAUGGAUUAGACACUUUCCCUUCCGAGGUUUCGAUUCAAGUUGGCAAUAUCAGAUCGCAAGGUCAAGUUCACCUGAGCCGGAAUGAAAGAAAAAAACAACUUCCUAAACAAUUAUUUGGUUUGAACCAGGUAAAAGCUUCCAGAACAAGGAUGUUUCAAGAAGAGAAGGAAGCCCUUUUUGAACGCAAAGAUGGUUGGGUAGAGAUUGAAUUAGGAAGCUUUUACAAUGAUGGGAAUGAUAAGGAGGUAAAUAUGAGCCUAAAGGAAGUGAAAAGUCUGCACCUGAAAGGUGGUAUCAUUGUUGAGGGAAUUGAACUUAGACCUAAAGAUUGAUGCAGUUUGGAGGAUUUUUUCAUCUUCUAGUGAGUUUCUGUUCAUUUUUCCUUUCAAAGAUAUUGCUCAAAUC